UCAAAAAAUGUAUGCUUUAUACACUAUCUAUGGAAAACGACCUAUACGUUGAAAGCGUCAUAUUGCGGAGAGACUUUGUCCUAAAAUUCUGAAACUUUUUAUGGAAACUAAUCUAGCUGAAGUGUUUAUGUGGGCAAAGUUUCAGAUCGAAAAUUCAAAAAUAUGACCUUGCUGCAAAUGUGGCGUCUUAUAGAGAAAAUUCAUUAAAACCUCGAUAUCUCACUAGGAACAAGUUAGGGGCGCGAACUUUUCUAUGGUAGAUAUAAUUCAUCAAGACCUACAAGAUGCGUAAAGUCCCGACUCAAAAGUGAUCGGGCACCUGGGAAUGUUCCCUUGUAAGUUCACCAUCAAUCGAAGCCAUGCCAGUUAAACUCUGCUCACUGUUAAAAUUCUGAUUACAUCAGGUGUAAUAGAUAAACAUAACGUCAUGUAUAAACAGAUUAGAGCUCUGUGGAAUCAAAAUUUUUGACUAGCAUCUCUGCUUAUUUUUGCACUACUGUUUUUCUGAAGUUUUGUUUUGAAACUUAUGAAUUUAUAAAUUAGUGUAUUUCGUUCACCACCAAAGCCUCAUGUUCUAAAAUUAAUUUUGAAAUAAGUGUAUUCUAAUCACAUGGAAUGUUUAGAAUAUCUGGGAGAUGUAGUUAAAAGACUAUGGUAGAGCUUUCAGUACGAUAUCAUGGGAUUCGUGGGAGAUAUUCAACCGACAAUGGUCAAAAUCAUGCCAGAUUUCAGUGCUCUUUUGAUUUUUAAAUUCUUAUUUUUUAUGCGGAGAAAAAGGAUGAGAAACUCUCAAAAAUUGGUCAUCUAUGUAUAGAAGUACCUUUUUUUAUAUAAUAAUAAAAAAAAUUUUAAUUAAAAAACAACAAGUACUGCAGCUUUGCAUACUUUGAUGAACAAAAAAAAUUAAUUGGCUCUAAUGAAGCUUCUUCGAGAAUUCUGAGAUGCCCGAGAUAAAACAUGUAUGAACAGAGAAGAAAUGAAAAAAAUUGUCGCGUUUUCUCAAAAGAACAUAUUUUUCAAGUACAUUAUGACCAAAAAACAACAACAAAAAUUUACUAAAGAAGAAGAUACUAAAUAAAAAAACAUGUCGUUUAUGAAAGAUUAGACACUAGGCUAUAAAGUCAGUUUUGAUUUUUUUUUUAGGGAGCCUUAAACAUACGAAGAAUAAAGUUUUCAUUAUAGUCUAAAGUAGAAAAUUUAACUCAAUAUUACAUUUAAUAUAUUAAUCUUGAUGAUAAUGAAGUCAAUUGCUUAGAAUACUUGAUAUUUUAAUUCUAAAAAAUAGACUUCAUAGUUAUACUGAUACUCUAUCAAAACUCAUGUUAUGAAAGUUAAUCUAUGACAAAAUUUUAUAGUUCUAAGAAUAGUUUGAAUUAAACAAAAAAGAGAAACAAUCCUAAACUAAACAUUGUUUGGAAAAUUAAUUGCGAAUAAGAUUUGUAUUUUUUGUUGUUUCAUGAAAUGUAAAAAAAAUAUAGACUGGGCGUCGGAAAUAGUAUAAAUUAGUACAUUUUUAUAGAAUGUAAAUUAGGAUGAUAAUCAAUACAAAUAGUCUUUCGAAGAUUUAUUCAUCUUAUAAAAUUCAUCCUGAUAUAAAUUUCAUGCUUGCCGAAUAAUUCUCUAAGAAAAUUCGAUCGAUAAUUGUUUCAUUUUUUGACUAAUAACUUAUUCGUAAGGCUGCUAAACAUCCUUGUUCAAUAUUGAUUUGAAAGAAAAUUCUACAUGUAUUUAAUUAAAUAUUUUUUGUUUCCUAAAUAGAUUAUUUCAUCCAUGGUCAUCAGUUUUAAUCAAUUGGAAAUUAUUAGCUGUGACUCAUCCUGGUUUUAUGGCAUUCAUGACUUAUGAUGAAGUGAAAGCAAUAUUAACAAAUUAUAUUGACAAACCAGGUAGUUAUGUAUUUCGAUUAAGUUGUACACGUCUUGGACAAUGGGCAAUUGGCUAUGUAACAACACAAAAUACAAUACUUCAAACAAUACCACAAACAAAAUCAUUAAUUCAAUCAUUAAUCGAUGGAGAACGCGAAGGAUAUUAUAAAUAUCCAAACGGAAAAAACAUUCAUAUCGAUUUAUCAUCAGCAUUAAGACCAACAGAAUCAGAUCGUAUAUAUAUAUCCGAAGAACAAUAUGCAAUAUAUUGUGAUAUGGGUACAAGUUUUGAAUUAUGUAAAAUAUGUUCAGUUAAUAAUAAAGAUAGUAAAAUUCAACCAUGUGGUCAUUUACUUUGUCAAACUUGUUUAAUAGCUUGGCAGAAUCAAACUAGUUCUAAGCCAUUAUCUUUAUGUCCAUUUUGUCGUAGUGAAAUAAAAGGUUUUGAACCUGUUAUUAUUAAUCCAUUUGAUAGUUCAACAAUACAAAAUAAAAAAGAAUCAAAUUCAAAUGAAGUUGAUAAUCAAAAAUUAAAUAUUAAUUUAAAUGCUCAAAAUUUACAAACACUUGCAAUAUCUCUUCCAGUAAAUAAUGAAAAUUCUCAUAGUGUACAAGUUUCAUCAGAUAAUAUAUCUUCUACACCUCCUCCAAUCCCUCCUCGUCCUAUUAAUAUAAAAUUAAAUGUUAAUCGAAUAUCAAUUGAUACAAAACUUAAUAGUUCUCAACGUUUUCAACAACACUUUCUACCACCACUACAUAACAAUGAUGUUUUAUUACUUCCACAACAAUCUUCAGGUAUAAAUUUAAGACCACUUUCAUCAAUAUCAUUAAAUGAAAACUUCAGUGAUUCAUUUGCUCCAUCAUCAUCAUCAUCAUCAUCAUCAACAACAACAACAGGAGAUUUACAUCCUGUUUAUGCUCAAAAUGGUAUUAAUAGUGGUUUAACUUCAGGAAAUGAAACACCAAGGUAUACAAUUUAG